CUCUGUACUCGCUAGAAUGCCACUUCUACGCGUACUCUCCGCUUCAAGAGCACACGCCAGCCGGGUCCUGUUUGUUUACGAAGCCCUGUGUGUCCGGCAGCAGCACAGUGGUCUAGACUCUGCAGACCGCCACUAUGACAGACUGUACCCAGGCCACAUCCCUACCAACAUCAUCCAGAAAGCACUACUGGCUGUGGGCUCCGGGGUGGCAGCCCUGCAGGACCCCUACAGACAUGACAUGGUGGCCGUUCUCGGCGAGACUACAGGACACCUUGCACUGAUUACGCUCCGGGACAGAAUGAGAGGAGACCCUGAGGGCUAUACAAUUCUAACAGAGCGCCCACGGAUCAGGCUAUCCACAUUGGAUCUGUCCAAGAUGGCCUCCCUUCCAGAUGGAUCCUUAGGGAGAGAGUACUUGCGUUUCCUUGAGGACAAUAGGGUGACCCCUGACUCGAGGACAAAUGUGAAGUUUGUAGAUAAUGAGGAGUUGGCAUACGUCAUGCAGAGAUACAGAGAGGUCCACGAUUUACUGCACACCUUACUAGGCAUGCCCACUAACAUGCUAGGUGAGGUGGCAGUAAAGUGGUUUGAGGCCGUCCAAACUGGCCUGCCCAUGUGCAUCCUGGGAGCAGUGUUGGGACCACUCCGUCUGUCCACAAGGUGCAGCCCCCGUCAGACUCUCUCCUCCUCAUCGUCUGGAACCCCUGGUGACGUCCCUGGGACCGUGGGCUGUGAGGAAUGGCCGACAGGCCCGCUGUGUCCUCAGCAUCUUCUACGAGCAACGUUGGGAGCAGAGUCUGCAGGACCUGAGACUGGAGCUGAACAUCGAGCCUCCCCCCUGCUCACCGUCACAGAUUCCAGCCAGAGGACCACAUCAGACUCAUAGCACUGACCUCUGAUGUCAGAGGUCACACUGUGCAACCAGAUGGUAGAGGAUGCAGGGACUCUUUGGAGUGAUGUAAUGUCGGAAUUGUGUGGGCUGACUGUAUAAUGGCAAUUGUGUCAAGCUUCCCCAUGUUUCAAAGUGAAUAAUGCUGAAGGAAGGAAAGGCCUAUAUUCACAAUGAGGGCAGGGGAUUUCCAGAGAGGCAUUACCAGAGAGAGAUUGUUACCCCCUAACCAAGCUUGAGACCAUUUCCCCUCGACAAUGGUUAAGUACAGUAUGACCUGACAUUGAGUGGAAGGGACUUUUUAGAACAAAACCUUGUUGAGGGUCUUGUAUUACCCACUGCCAUUCUUCAAGCACCAAGUCAUUACCUCGGUUGGGCAAACCAAGGACAUGUGAGAGCCUGUUGCAGCUGGUUACAUCAACUGAUGACUGUUGAAAAAGUAAUGUCUGGUAUCAUUCAGACGCUGAGACUUAAAUGUUCUAUCUGACAUGGCCUGGCUCUUAUAACUCACGGUACAUCACCCACAUGGUACUGUAAUCAUUUCCUUUUAUUUGACAAUGUGUGUGUUCAUGACAAGCACUGUUCAUGUAUCUCUGGUAUGAGAUGUCGCUCAUCAAUAAAUUAUGUUUGCACUUUGUUGAAA